AUGGUAUUUCAGAAACCACCAGAUGGUGGCUGGGGCUGGGUGAUCGUUGUUGUUUCCUUCUUUACUCAAUUCUUGUGUUACGGAUCACCGCUGGCGGUGGGAGUCUUGUAUUUAGAAUGGCUGGAUGCUUUUGGAGAAGGGAAAGGCAAGACUGCUUGGGUUGGAUCACUAGCAAAUGGAAUCGGAUUGCUUGCCAGUCCUGUCUGCAGUAUAUGUGUAUCAUCUUUUGGAGCAAGACCAGUAACAAUCUUCAGUGGCUUUAUGGUGGCCGGGGGCCUCAUGAUGAGCAGUUUUGCACCUAACAUAUACUUUCUGUAUAUUUCUUAUGGGAUUGUUGUUGGGCUUGGAUGUGGCCUUUUGUAUACUGCAACCGUUACCAUCACUUGCCAGUAUUUUGACAAACGUAGAGGCCUUGCACUUGGUCUGAUUUCAACAGGCUCAAGUGUUGGACUCUUUAUAUAUGCAGCAUUGCAAAAAGAGCUUAUUGAUCUGUAUGGACUGGAUGGCUGUCUGCUAAUAGUUGGUGCUCUGUCUCUAAAUAUAUUAGCGUGUGGCAGCCUGAUGAGACCACUGGAGUCAUCUGAUUCCCCUCCACCAGAAAAGACGUGUGUAGACAAAGUCCCAGAUCAAUAUUUUGUUUACCAUGAAAAAGAAAAGACUCUUGAAGAAAAUAUAAGCAUCCUUGAAAAGGGCUACGUGGAUGAAAAAUGUGCGAACCAUGUGCCUGAUUACAAACAGGAUAGCGUUUUAAAUAAGAAUGUAUUAAGCUCAAUAAAUGUAAAUGAGAGAGACACUUACAAACAGAAGGUUGUAGAACGUACAAACUUCUGCAAGCAACUCGCCAAAAGGAAGUGGCAGCUCUAUUUGAACUACUGGGAGGAAACAGUGGUGCUUUUUAAAAACAAAGUGUUUUCAGCUCUCUUUGUCACCAUCUUGCUCUUUGAUAUUGGUGGAUUUCCUCCAUCUCUGCUCAUGGAAGAUGUAGCAAGAAGUGCAAACAUUAAUGAGGAUGACUACCAUAUGCCCCUUAUUUCCAUUAUAGGCAUUAUGACUGCUGUUGGCAAGCUUACCUUAGGAAUACUGGCGGAUUUUAAGUGGGUUAACACUUUAUAUCUGUAUGUAACUACCUUACUAAUGACAGGAGUGGCCUUGUUUGCAAUUCCGUUUGCCAAAAGUUACCUUACAUUAGCGAUGCUUUCUGGGUUUUUGGGUUUUCUGACUGGGAACUGGUCAAUUUUUCCUUAUGUAACAACAAAGACUGUGGGGAUUGAGAAGCUGACUCACGCGUAUGGGAUACUGAUGUUCUUUGCUGGACUCGGGAAUAGCCUCGGACCACCGAUCGUAGGUUGGUUUUAUGACUGGACGCAGGAGUACGACACUGCAUUCUAUUUCAGUGGGUUUUGUGUCUUACUGGGUGGGUUCCUCCUGCUGUUGGCGGCGUUACCCUGCUGGAAUGCCUGUACCGACCAGAGCUCAAAGCUGCCUCCAAAUACUUACUCCUACAAAGUUGCAUCUAGCGCUUAGGUGACAACUGGAAAACACUUUGUGCUUUUUUUUUAUAUUACAUAGCAAAGUAUUUUAGUAAUUUUCCACUUAUUUAUGAAGCCCCAAAAUCCUCUUCCACUAGAAAAAUUCCAUUGUCGCUGCUUGUUCAGUUUCUUCUUAUUUCCUUUUUAUUGUAU